GGGUGCCGGGAGGAAGGAGGCAGAACAAAGCGCCGAGACGAGGGGGGGCUGGAGCAAUUUGGGGGGGGGGGGCUGAGAGCCACUCAAUCAAACUGUAACCCCUGUGUCUGAUGGAAACCGCUUCCAGCUCGGGGGUGCGGCUGCCCCCCCGAUUCCUGUGCACAGAGCUUGCAGCUCCCCGGGACGGGGGCCCUGGCCCAGACCAGACCCUGCUGCCGCCUCCCUUGUGAUCUGGGGGGGCUGAGCAGCUGCUCCCCCAUCCCUGGUGCGGUCUGUGCUGGGGGGGAGCCUGUCAUUAACCCCUCCGUGCCAGGCCGGGGGGGGAGGGGUUUCUCCAGCUGGGACCAGCUCCCUGGGUUCUGCAGGCACCAGCCCCCACGCCGGAGCCCCCAGGGAGGAAGACCUUCGAGGAGGUGGCUGUGUAUUUCACCAGGGAAGAGGGGGCUCUGCUGGACCCCGCUCAGAGAGCCCUCUGCAGAGACGUCAUGCAGGAGAACUACGAGAAUGUGACCUCGCUGGGGUUUCCAGUUUCCAGACCUGAUGUGAUCUCCCAGCUGGAACAAGGGGCAGAGCCGUGGGUCCCAGACCUCCAGGGUUCAGAGAAAAGGGAGAUCCUGGGAGAUCCCUGCACAGGUGCUGGGAUGGUGAGUGAGAAAGAGGAGCAGAAUUCUCAGCAGGAAGAUGCGGAGCAAGUGGAAUCACAUGGAGCAUUAUCGCAAAGAUCGAAAGGGAAUGUGUCCAGGAGUCGUGAGCAGGGAACAGCCUGUGACAUUCAGCACAGACCAGAGAGAGAGCAGGGAAACCAGCCAGAAGAGAAACUGAGUACAUUUAUUUACAGUCAGGGAACACACAAGGACCUUAAAGAAACCACAGCCCAGCAAAAAAUCCUCAGGGGAACGAAAAAAAAUACAUGCACUGAGUGUGGGAAAAACUUUCGGGAUUGCUCAUCCCUUACUAAACAUCAGAGAACACACAGAGCAGAGAGACCUUUUGAAUGCUGUGAGUGUGGGAAAACCUUCAUUUGGCACUCGCACCUUAUUACGCAUCAGAGAAUCCACACAGGUGCGAAACGCUAUGAAUACCGUGAGGGUGGGAAAACCUUCAAUCCCAACUCAAACCUUAUUGCACAUCACAGAAUCCACACAGGUGAGAAACUUUAUGAGUGCAGCGAGUGUGGGAAAAACUUCACUCAGAGCUCAGACCUUACUACACAUCAGAGAAUCCAUACGGGAGAAAGACCCUAUGAAUGCCGUGAGUGUAAGAAAAAUUUCAUUCGACGGUCACACCUGAUUACGCAUAAGAGAAUCCACACAGGGGAGAGGCCCUAUGAAUGCUGUGAGUGUGGGAAAUGCUUCACUGCCAGCUCAAACCUUAUUCAACAUCAGAGGAUCCACACAGGGGAGAGGCCCUAUGAGUGCAGUGAGUGCGGGAAAAGCUUCACUCAGAGCUCAGAUCUUACUACACAUCAGAGAAUCCAUACGGGGGAGAGGCCCUAUGUAUGCUGUGAGUGCGGGAAACGCUUCAUUCGACGGUCACACCUGAUUACGCAUCAGAGAAUCCACACAGGGGAGAAACCCUAUGAAUGCUGUGAGUGCGGGAAAAGCUUCACUGCCAGCUCAAACCUUAUUCAGCAUCAGAGAAUCCACACAGGGGAGAGGCCCUACCAGUGUUGUGAGUGCGGGAAAAGCUUCACUCAGAGCUCAGAACUUACUAUACAUCAGAGAAUGCACAAGGGAGAGAGACCCUAUGAAUGCUCUGAGUGUGGGACAAAUUUCACUGACCGCUCCGCCUUUCUCAAUCAUCAGAGAAUCCACACGGGAGAGAGACCCUACGUGUGCUUUGAGUGCGGGAAAACCUUCACUCGGAGCUCAAACCUCAUUACACAUCAGAGAAUCCACACAGGUGAGAAACCCUACGAAUGCGGCGAGUGCGGGAAAAGAUUCACUCACAGCUCAAACCUUAUCACGCACCAGAGAAUCCACACAGCAGAAAGGCUCUAUCAAUGUGAGUGUGGGAAAAGCUUCACUGAGAGCUCAACCCUUCUUAAACAUCGGAGAAUCCACGCAGGAGACAAACCCUAUGAAUGUGGCGAGUGCGGGAAAACCUUCCCUCGGCGCUCAGCCUUUAUCUCUCAUCAGAGAAUCUGCAAGGCAGAGAAACACCAUAAAAACCUCUAGGGCUAUCCAGCCAUUUUUUUUCUUUUGCUAAUUCCCACGUAGUAACCUUUAAGGCUGUUUGAAUCGUUUGCAUCAGUGUUAUCCCUCAGCUUGUCCAGAUGAGUUGCCCAUUUUGGCCUUUUGCCGUUCAUCCUGGUUUGAGGUGGACCUUGCUAUCCACUCCAUUGUCCCAUGAGUAGUGGGAGUGCAUCCCUCCUCCCAUGAACCAGGGAGCAUCACAUUUAGACUGUACCACCUAUUGAAAAGGUACUGUUAGAGUCUCCAAUGAUACAGAUUGCUCUGGGUUGUGCUGAGGAGCAGUUAAUUUUUGGACAUUUUUUAUUUUCAUUUAAAAUAUAUUUAAAUAUAGUGAAAAGCAGGAGCUGCAGGGGGGAAAGUGUCAUUUUAGCCUCUGUGACACUGGAAGGAGAUGGGGAGAUUCCCUCCUUCUCCAUCACUCCAGAACUGUUACCUCCUGCCUGAGCCAUGCAGAAUUUAUCUUCUUCAUAUUCUAUCCAUCCACUUCUCAAAGUGCCGUGUGAUGCAGUGUUCUCAGCUGUCUGCGCUUGGAGAUGAUGCUUUGACUUCUUUAAUCCUAAAUCAGAGUCGCUAUGACUGGAGAUGAAAGGGUCAAAGAUCUGGAAGGGGAGUUCAAAUGGAUCCCAAAGACAGUCAGACAUUUGGGGUUUAGAUUCCAGUUUCCAUCUAUUGGCAAAGCCACUUCUGGCAAGGGGGCUGUUUUUCCCCCCAUUGUGCGGAUGCUAAAACUUUUGUAUAUAAUGUAACUCAAAAAUGAGACAGUGCUGAGUGAAACAGGUUUGAAUGGAUCAGAGGAGAAUGUCAUGGGAGAAUCUUGUCUUGAUUCUGAGUUAUUAGAUGUAACCUGCUCUGGAUUUUCCCUUGACACUUCCAUUGUCAUGUAGUCUAUCUCUCUGUGACAUGGGUUUCUAUCUCUCCUGAAGAAUGUUUAGUCGCCCAAUGGGAUAUUAGUUUAGUUUGACAGGACGUAGCUCAAAUUUACUGGAGACUUUGAGACAAAUGACCAUUUGCUAAAGUCAUUACUUCUCACUUCAGCUUUGCUUUUUCCCCACCUCUCCGUGAUGAUGUGGAGAAAGUUCAAAUGCAGUUCUGUCAACAGGAGAGAACUCUCCAAUUUACUGGACAUGCAAACAAAGAAACAGCCGUGAUUUGAAAUCUCCACUCGGAAAUGGUGAACAACAGCAGACUGAACAGAAGGAAGUGCAUCUGAUCACAGUGUAGUUCCAUUGUUUAAGUCAAUAUUAUCUCAGAUGAUCUGGGGAGAAAAUUCCACACUAAGUGACUUGGAACCAGGCAAAAUACCCAUGUAUUCGGUACCCAGAGCAUUUGUAACCCAGGCUCUACAGAAGAUCUUUCCUAGCUAAUCCUGUGAUAUGGGAAAUGCUGCCCUUCACAAUACAGUGUGUGGAAGAAAUAGAAGUGGGCAGUUUUGUUGAAUUUAUCCUUUGUAGGAGCCACAAAUGUGUAUAAAAUGAAACAAGUGUUAAAAAUGUAAUAGCUGAAGAAAAAUAGCCAUUUUUGAAUAGAAAUGUCACUUCUGGUAACUUACAGAAAUCCUGAUCCAGGCCUAUAUCUAGUUCCUACUAGACCUGAGCCACCUAAUUAAAGAAUAUUUGGGCAUGUUUGGGGAAGCCGUUCCGCACUAACAUUGUUGAUUUUUUUGCGUGGUUUGGUAAAGGAUGCUACUUCAGAGACGUGUCAAUUUACCAUAACCCAGGCUAACGAUUUAGAAAAAAGUGGGCUAGAAAUAGUACACACCCAGUUCUUGGUUUUCACCCCAAUAAAGGAAACUAUGAUAAUCAACAGCCCAAGGAAAAUUGUUUGUAGAACACCACUCCCUAGUUCAGUGUCACUGAUUACAGUCCCAAAGGAUCCCAUGAUUAGAUUGAGCACAAACAUCCUUCGCUGUUUGGCUCCAAAGUUGAAUGAGGCAGAGAAAGAGAGAGAGUUCUUUAGAGGACAUUCCUUCCCCAUGGAUCCCAAACUGGCUGCCUGAGUGGGUAACAAGGACUUUCACGCAGUGGAAAUAACGGUAACCAGUGAGGGAAUGCAUGUGUCAGGCUCCAAUGUAAGACUGCAGGAUACAUACAUGUUGGGUCCUGAUUCUCUGUUUUUGUCUCUUAGGGCUUGUCUACACUUAUAAUACUGCAUCUGCAGUGCUGUAAGGAAGAAGCUCUAAGAUGAGAACUCUCACAUCCGCUCAGUUAAUCCAUCUCCCCAAGAGGUGGGAGCUAUGUCAGCAAGAGACGCUUUCCUGCCAACAUGGUGCGGUCUAUAUGGGGCGUUAGGUCAGUAUAACUAAGUCGCUCAGGGGUGUGGAUUUUUCACACCCCGAAGCAAUGCAGUUAUACCAGUAUAGGACUGUAGUGUAGACCAGAUUUUGGUUUUGCUCUUGUGUUGUGUGCGUUUGCAUCCCUUCUCCUCUACGUCCUCCUACUUUGAAAGAUUAAAAAGUGUGAAAAUACAAGGAAGGUGUGUUUUCUCAUGAUGCAAACGUUUCCACAGAAGAGACCCCUUGCACAGAGCAGAAGAUCUGGAGAUCUGCGAACUCCCAUGAGUGGGAGGCACCUAUGUUUUGACAAACCACAACUUGACUCAAAGGUUCACUUCGUGACGGUCAUAAUUAAAAGAAAACUAACACGUAUGGCAAGUUUUUGUGAUCUUUGAAUAUGUUACCUGAUUAUAGAGAGUUGUAUAUUAUUGUUAUAGGGUCACCAAUUGAUCUGAUCAGAAGAGAAGUUCUUUGUCUCGGAAUCAGGCUACCUGUGUUAACCAGGUGUGACAACCUUAAUUAUAUUG